GCUUUAACUGCGACCUCGUUGUCACGGCAACGUUGUUAACGAAUGGAGCGCGUGUCAAAUGAGGGCAAAAGUUACCUGAGCUGUUUAGCAUCCACAGACUUUAGUCGACAAGUUAGUGGGCAGUUGUCGGAUAACUAGGUGAGCUUCCAUGUCGACACAGUCAUGUAGUGGUAGAAGAACACACUGGGAUAAUUACAUCACUUAAACAGACCGUCAACACGUUGCUAGCAAACAAUGCUAGUAUGCUUAGCUGAAUGGACCAAGCAGCAAUGUCAAGUAAUAACCUACCACCAGUGAGACAUUUACCACAGUGGACACGAGUGGGGCGCCUCGAGAAGCCUGCCCCUCCACGGCGGUUACCUCCAGGCCAACUACCCCCGCUGCCUGUUGCUCCGCCGGUGGACAGCGACAGAGGAGAGGGGAGAGCUAGAGAGAAGUCCUCCUGUCACAGCAACAUGGACCCCCGCGUCGCGUCAAUGCAGAGAAACAUCCAGUUCCUUCAACAACAACACAAGGACACUCUCGACAAGCUGCAUGCAGAGAUAGAGUAUCUCAGACGGGAGAAUAAAGAGCUGCAGUAUAAGCUGAUAAUGGAGCCCCCGAUGACGGGUAGAAAAGGAACUCGCAGUCGAAGAGGCAUCAGACCCCCUACUCAGGGAAGUGACGCCCGUAUGGGACUCUACCUGGAGGAGCCACUGCAAGACCUGCGAUCUUCACAGGACCAAGACCUAAGCUUAGGAGAUAGCGCCGACGGUCUGACAACUGCCAGAACGGACCAUGGUCCAGAAGUGAAAGGGGGCCUCAUUACCUCAUUACAACCUCUACGAAUUCACAGCGGUCCCUCCCAUCCACCUCGUGCCCCCACACUACAAGAGUGUGAGGUCAUCAUACGGCAGCUCUACAAUGCGAACAGUCUACAGUCUCAGGAAAUAAUGCGUGUGAAGGCGUUGCUGAGAGAUAUUGUUCUGAGCAAGAAGAUCACCCCAGAAAACUACAUCCUGACCAAGACCUACCUUGUUGAUGGCACCAGGAAAUCUUAUGAAGAAAAAAGACUACCAAAACUUGGUCUUCAAACAUUACCAGAAAAAGUGUCUGGACCCUCUCAGUCUGGCGUGGUCCUGCCAGCCCUCAAACCGAGCCUCAGCACCACUAUUGCAGAGAGACAGAGGAGGACCCGUGCUGUGCAGAGGGACCGCCUCAAAAGGACAGUGCACUGACAGGAUGAAUACUGCCAAUGCACUUACUAAAUCCAUCUCAGGACUUUUGCUUUUCAAGGCUAUUCUGAAAAAAAACAAACAGAAAAACUCCACUCUAAGGUGACUUUUUAAGUUACGGAUAUCCAAAUAAAACAUUUAUGUUUCUUAAGACGUCUAUAAUUGGUAAGUUUUGCACAAACAAAAAAAACAACCUACAAACUAAAUGCUAGCUUCAUACAGUGAGUGGGAAAUGUAUUUAAUUUAUUUUUGUUACCAGAUAAUGCAUUUAAGGAUAUUUGAACCAUUAAAGGUUGUUACUGUAGAGACAUUUGA